AUGUUUUGCGACCAAGGCGAGACUGCUGAAGGGCAAGGUUGGGACAAUAGUUGUGAUGAUGUCCGCAAUCACAACAACGUUGUUUGGAACAAUAUUAUUGAUGAUGAUGUUCGAUAUGUUCUUCUUCAUCCUGCUGAUUAUUCUUCGAGUAAUACUAAUAAUUCUGAAGAAUCUCAUCAUCCUCAUCAUCAAAACCCUCUUUUUCAUCCUUCACCACCACCUCGUUCUUCUUCCUAUUUUGACCAAGGAGUUGACCAUUAUGGAACUCCGGAUCAAACUAGAAUCAAAAGAAUCAAGUAUUCGCAUCUGUCUCCUCUAGAUGUCAACCAAAACCACAAGUUAAAGGAUGAUCAGGAGAUUGAGAGUCAUGAAGAAUCAACAAGUUCACUGGGAUUGAAACUUAAGAAGUCACCCUCUCUUAUUGACUUGGUGGAAAGGAGGUUGUCUCAAGGAGAUUGUUCUAAUUCUAACAGCCCUGACAAUAAUCAUAAUAACAAGAGGCCGAAUUCGAAAUCCACCCUUGAUUAUGGAUCUCUCCCUAUGUCAGAGAAAUUGAAGGCUUCCAAUUUCCCCGCAUUGUAUUUGAAAAUCGGCAACUGGGAGAGAAUCUCCCAGAAUGAAGGUGAUUUGGUGGGAAAAUGCUACUAUGCUAAGAAGAAAUUGGUUUGGGAAAUUUUAGAAGGGGCACUCAAGAGUAAGAUUGAAAUUCAUUGGAGUGACAUCAUUGGCAUUAGGGCAACUAUGGUCGAAGAUGAGCCGGGGACUCUAGAAAUUGAGUUGGAUCAGCGACCUUCAUUUUUCAAAGAAACCAAUCCACAACCCCGUAAGCAUACCCUUUGGCAACCAACCGAUGAUUUUACUGGUGGUGAAGCACUUAUAUAUAGGAGACACUAUGUGAAAUUUGCACCAGGAGCUCUUGACAAGCACUAUGAGAAGCUCUUGCAAUGCCAUCCAACUUUAUCAUCAAUAAGCCAGAGGCCAUUCCCAACUCAACCAUCUCCUUAUUUUAGGAGCCAUAAUAAUGCAUAUGAUUUACCAUCCGGUUUCAUUUCGCAUGGGUGGGGAUCCCAUCUGAACCCUACUUGGAUACCACCAAAUCAACUAGAUCUUUCGAAUUUACGAUGGUCAGGUUUGGAUCAGUAUACAGCGGCAGCAUCUUUGAACAAUAUGAUGGUGGCGGAAAAUGGAACAACACCAGUUAUCUUUCCAAACAAUUUCCUCCCAUAUGAAGGGUUGAGGAGAAUAGUACCACCGGUUGCGAGUAUUGGUCCGCAUGGUUACAUUGAGAAUCACAAGUUAUGCGACAAUCAGAUGAUCUGUUCGGGUGAAGAUAUAAUCACACAACAAGAUCACAUGAGGUCGAGGCAACAACAUCCUUUAGUACUUCAUGACCAGCUACAAAUGGCGAACAUGAGGGCGGCCGCCCCCGGAGGGAUGAUAUUGCAACAAGUGAUGGUGCCAGAAAAUGGUUCUUGUGAUCAUACUUUGGUGAGCUUACAUGGGCAACAUGAUUAUAGAAAUAUUUCUCAGCAGCAGCCAUUGAUGAAUUGGGAAAUUGUUGAAAACUUGAGAUUACAACAAGCAAGCAUUAGGGGUUCACACUAUUAUGACCAAUAUCAUUAA